AAACAAUGAACAUCACCUCAGUUCUCCGUCGGGCUCGUAAUUACUGGUUUAUUACACUUCGAUUAGAGGUCCGAGCAAUCAAUGGCGACAACAAACGGUGACGUUUUAAUGCUAGAGGCACCGCCGGAGUCCCGGCCGGCGGUGUGUAGUAGUGCUGAAGUGAUCGAUGCUUUGCCGUACAUUGAUGACGACUACGGUGACCCCAAAGUUAAAGAAGAGGUGGACCGUUUGGUCGAAGAGGAGAUGCGCCGCAGCUCCAAAAAACCUUCCGAUUUCCUCAAGGACCUCCCUCCUCUUCCUAAAUUCAACUUCGAGAAUCACCCGAUGCUUGCGAGGGAAUAUGAGAGGGUGAGAGCUGGAAAGCCGCCGGUACAGAUAGAUACUUCACGAUAUGGACUUGAAGUGCCGCCACUGAACAAACGCAAUGAUGAAACUGCAUGGAAACAAGCGCUUCAAAAAGCUCAGCGUUUACUGCAGCAUCAAGUAAUCAGGCUAGAAAAUCUGGACCUGAUGUCAAAGCAUGGUCCUGAUGUGUGGAAGCUGCACAAUCAACGACUGGAAGCAUUUUUAGCCAGAAUGCAAUCACAAGCUGUUGAACUGAAUGAAAUGAUUGAAACCGUAAACAGGGAAAGGAAAUAUCAUCAGCAAACUACUGCAUAUGAGCUCAGUGCGUUGUCCAUGCAAUGGAAAGAGCUCUGUCUGAAAAAUAUGGAAAUCCAAUCUGCUUGUGGGGAACUGGAAGACCACAUAGAACAACUGAAGAAGGAGGCUCAAGAGAGGGACUGGAAUUUGGAGGCUAAUGUUGAGAAUAGCAAAAUGCUGUAUGCAGAAUGAUGAGGUGUAGGUCGAGCAAUCAUGAAGAUUUGCGUAUACUGGAUUUAGAUGGAGAAGUUGGACAAAGAUUUAAAGUCCUUGCUUUAGGUCGGUAUGACAAGCUUUGACCAUGUUUUUAGUUGCAAUAUUCCCUGUUAGCCAUUACUUAUUAAUGUUACUGAGGAAUGUCUCCAAUGUGAAAAAGGUCACUACCAGCCUCUGUAUCUCCCAGUUCUCGGUAUACCUGUUCAUUUCCUUAUCACGGUAACAACUCUUUUAUGAAUAGCUAAUUUUUGCCAGUCAAAUCGGUGAUUUAAUA